UACGGCCUCGGUUCCCUCUCCCCUUCGUCUCUUUUUUUGCGCUCCUCUCUCCUUCUUUCUCUGUCUAUGAAGGCAGUCAGCCUCUGUGCCGUCCACAGGCACUCUGCUGCGACCAGAGUACAUUACUUGAUUGUAUGUAGGUCAUAUACGAGUGGGAUGCUAUCGCCGCACUUCUGAGCUGAAAUUUCGUGGUGUCUUUUAUGUCGUUUGGGCUGUGAGAUCGCGUUUGGAUUGUACCAGGGCAACAGACGGGAGUUUUAUUUCGCCUGGCGUGGUGUGUGUGCGCGUAUGUGUGUAUAUGAGCGAGUGAGUGAGUGAGUGUGUGUUUGUGUGUGUGUGUGUGCUUUCAGCUCCGACCCAUGAAGUCAGGACUAAAUGAGCAGAGCGACAUGAUGCAGAAACCGCAAAGGUCUGCGUGUUGACCUGGAGGUGUUUGGACACUGGAUGAGACGGACAUCCACACACUCGCUCUUCUCUGUGGAGUAACACCCCGACACACACACACACACCCUGAGCUCCGCCCACCUGGAAUGGGGGGUGUCAGAAUCUGGAAUCUGAUUGGUGGGAGCAUCUGUCCACUGGACAUCACAGCCUGAGAGGGAGGGGCUUCACACACAGGGAGGACCUAAGCCACGUCCAGCUCUGCUGACCUCACUGCUGGACCAUGUCGAGAUCAGGGGAGUUGCCGUGGAUACCGUCAACGUCGGUUGCCCCGGCGACCGGCGUGCACCUGUUGGUGUGGUGCGUUGCGGCGGCGGCGACGUGGUUGUCGUCAACGGCGACGGCCCAGCAGCACCCUAUCGUUACCACAAACUACGGCAAGCUGCGGGGGCAAAAAACCGCGUUGCCCAACGAGAUCCUGGGCCCCGUGGAGCAGUACCUGGGCAUCCCCUACGCACUGCCCCCUACUGGCGAGCACCGCUUCCAGCCGCCCGAGCCGCCCCUGUCCUGGCCCGGCAUCCGCAACGCCACACAGUUUGCCCCCGUCUGUCCGCAGUUCCUGGAGGACCGCUUCCUCCUCAACGACAUGCUGCCCGUGUGGUUCACCGCCAACCUGGACACGGUGGUCACCUACGUGCAGGACCAGAGCGAGGACUGCCUGUACCUCAACAUCUACGUACCCACAGAGGACGUAGGAGGCAACACUUACAAUCCCAGCCAUGAGUUCACCAGUAAUGAUGGUGGAGAAGAUGAAGACAUCCACGAUGAGAAUGGAUUACGUCCGGUGAUGGUGUACAUCCACGGUGGCUCGUAUAUGGAGGGCACUGGGAACAUGAUUGACGGCAGCAUCCUCGCCAGCUACGGAAACGUCAUCGUGGUCACCAUCAACUACCGGCUGGGCGUGCUCGGGUUCCUGAGUACUGGUGACCAGGCCGCCAAGGGGAACUACGGGCUGCUGGACCAGAUCCAGGCGCUCAGGUGGAUCAAAGAGAACAUCCAGGCCUUCAAAGGAGACCCCAAGAGAGUGACCAUCUUCGGGUCCGGCGCCGGAGCCUCCUGCGUCAGCCUGCUCACACUGUCACACUACUCAGAGGACUUGUUCCAGAAGGCCAUCAUUCAGAGUGGCACGGCUCUGUCCAGCUGGGCGGUCAACUACCAGCCUGCCAAGUACACGCGCAUGCUGGCGGAGAAAGUGGGCUGCAACAUGCUGGACACCAUCGACCUGGUCGAGUGUCUGCAGAACAAGAACUACAAGGAGCUCAUCGAGCAAUUACAUCCUGGAGCCAAAUUACCACAUCGCCCGGACCCGGUCAGCCAGCCAGCGUCAUCCCGGCUUGACCAUAGAUCCUCGCUCAUGGAGCAGAGGCCCGAGUUCCUCAACUACGACAUCAUGCUGGGCGUCAACCAGGGCGAGGGCUUCAAGUUCGUGGACGGCAUCGUGGACAGCGGGGCCGGGCGAUCUCGACCAUGACCCGACUCCGCCCGUCUCGGACCAUUGGACCACCUGUGGCUACCGGAGGCAAGGACCGCUCUUCUUGAGACCAUCAGGUUCAUGUAUGCGGACUGGUGGGACAAGGAGAACCCAGGGCCUUGGCGCAAGGCGGGGUGGCUCUUCACUGACCACCGGUGGGGGCCGGUGGUGGCCACCUGUGACCUGCAUGCUCGAUGCUCGCCCACCUACUUCUUCUACCACACUGCCAGGCGAGAGAUGAAGCCCAGCUGGCUAGGACUCGCUGCCAAUGACAGUGCCCCGUCUUUGGCAUCCCCCAUGAUCGGACCCACCGACCUCUUCAGCUACAACUUCUCAAGAACAGCGUCCAUGCUCGCUGUGGUCAUGACCUACUGGAUCUUCGCCAAGACCGGAGACCCAAACCAGCCGGUUCCCCAGGACACCAAGUUCAUCCACACCAAACCCAACCGCUUUGAGGAGGUGGCCUGGUCCAAGUACAACCCCAAGGACCAGCUGUACCUGCACAUCGGCCUGAAGCCGCGCGUGCGCGACCACUACCGCGCCACCAAGGUGGCCUUCUGGCUCGAGCUGGUCCCGCACCUGCACAACAUCAACGAGCUCUUCCAGUAUGUCUCCACGACGACCAAGAUCCCGCCACAGGACACCACGCCGUACCCCUACACCAAGCGCCUGGGCAAGAACUGGCCGUCCACCACACGCCAUCCCGGCGUCCCUCCGGCCAACACCAAGCAGAGCACCGACAAACGCCAGGCCGGCGACCUGGGCGACGAGUCCUCCGUGGUCAUCGAGAAGCGCGACUACUCGACGGAGCUGAGCGUCACCAUCGCAGUGGGCGCCUCGCUCCUCUUCCUCAACAUCCUGGCCUUCGCCGCGCUCUACUACAAGAAGGACAAGCGGCGCCACGAGUCCAACCGGCGUGGACUGAGCCCCCAGGGCCACGGGGGCGGGCGGCCGGGCGGCGGCGUCGGCAUCGGCUCGGGCUCGGCUCCGCCUGGCUCGGCGACCAGCGUGGCCAACGACGUGGGGCACCUGCCCAGCGAGGAGCUGAUGUCGUCGCUGCAGAUGAAGCAUCAGCUGGACGAGCAUGACCACGAGCACCAGCAGCAGCACCACCACGACUGCGACUCGCUGCAGGCCCACGACACCCUGCGGCUGACCUGCCCGCCCGACUACACGCUCACCCUGCGGCGCUCGCCCGACGACAUGCCCCUCAUGACGCCCAGCACCAUCACCAUGAUCCCCAACUCGCUGGCCGCCAUGCAGCCGCUGCACAACUUCAACGCGUUCGGCGGCAGCCAGAACAGCACCAACCUGCCCCACGGUCACUCCACCACCCGCGUAUAGGAUAUGAGCACGCCGAGGGUGGAGGUGGGGGGUUAAGGGCGAUACUGCCCCA